AUGCAGAGCUCCUUGACCGCUCAGCGCUCCUCGCUGAAGACCAAGCUGCCUGACAUCGUCUCAGCAUUAGAAGUGGUGAAACACCUGAUGGAGAGAAGCGAGGAGGCAGAGGCCAGUGAGUACACUUACCAGCUGGCGGAGAACAUCUGGUCGAAAGCAUCAGCUGCUCCCAGUGACAAGGUGUGUUUGUGGCUAGGCGCGAAUUGCAUGUUGGAGUACCAGCUGGAGGAGGCCAUUGAACUCCUCCAAACCAACGAAAGCAAUGCACGAACCACCUUGAAAAGCUUGGAAGAGGACAUGGCCUUUUUGAGAGAUCAGAUCACCACGACUGAAGUGAACAUUGCGCGCACCCACAACUAUGGGGUGAAGUUGCGACAGGCCACCAAGGCCAAAGAGGGCAAAGAGGGCGGCUACAAGUCCUGA